AUGAUUACAAGAGUGAUAUGGAAUUUAAUUAGAGUACCAAAACGCGUGAGAUUGUAUUUUGGUGAAAAAUGGUACAGACUCAAAAUAACAUUUUUGAGUUUAUUUUACAACGAAUUUUUAGAUUGGGGGUAUGCUUGCGAUACCUUAAUGGAACCUAUUUUUUGGUUUGUAAAUAAUUUUACAGCGGUAUUAGGUCCACUUCUAGUCUUUACAGUAUCAGUAUUAACCGCGAUAAUCGUUUACAUCGCUUAUUAUAUCGGAUUUCCUUACUGGUGGGAAAAGAGCCCAUUGAUGACAUGUGUCUUGAUGAUAAUCGGCAAUUGGAUACUAAUGAAUGUCUUGUUUCACUACUACAUGGGAGUUAACGUCCCAGCUGGAUAUCCACCCUCUGGAAUUUUAAUUCCUGAAGCGGUCAGUAUUUGCAAAAAAUGCAUCAGUCCAAAACCUCCUCGUACGCAUCAUUGCUCUGUAUGCAACAGAUGUAUUCUAAAAAUGGACCACCACUGUCGUAUCCUUUUUCCAUUUACAAUUCCUGUUUAUUCUUGGCUGAACAAUUGCGUGGGGCACUACAACCACCGUCAUUUUUUGCAAUACAUGGCCUUCACCGUAUUAGGUGUUGUCUUCUUGAUGCUGUUUGGCGUUGAAAUAGCAUAUCAGGAGUAUUUUCCAGCCCAAGAUCCGGAUCUGCAUGGCCAUCCUGUGAGGAUCAACAAUUCAGAAAUAAUUCCAGUGACGGAGUCUAUGGAUCAUUUGAGUGCAGAAGAACUAUCAGAAAUCGCUCGUCAAAAUGAAGAAAUCAAAGAACACGAAUUGAGACGGCGAUUGAUCCUCUUUGCGGCGUUGAUCUGCGUAGCUACUUUUGCUGCCUUAGGUGCUCUAACUUUCUGGCACGCUGGAUUAAUUGCAAGAGGAGAAACCAGCAUUGAAGCUCGCAUCAACGCUACCGAGCGCAAAAAGUACAAAAGCUUGGGGAAGGAUUAUCAGAACCCGUAUGACUUCGGGCCAAGGAAGAACUGGAAAAUUUUUCUGGGCCUAAGAGGACGCAGCUGGUGGCGAAUCUUGAUGCCCUCGACACACAAACCUGAUGGAGAUGGCCUCAUUUGGGAGAGCAUUUAUGAUAAAAUUGUGAUGGAAGGUUGUCAGGCUAGGUGA